AUGGCCGAAGUUCCAGAAGAACCCAAAGUAUCCAAGCGGGCAGCUGAAAAAGAAGCCAAGAAAGCGGCAGCAAAGGCCAAGAAAGACGCCGCCAAAGCUGGAAAUGCGGACAAUGCCAGCAACUCCACCACCAAACCAGCUGCCAAUGCAGGCCCCGUCGAUCAAUUCAAGACGGGUUGGCUAAAGGGCGUCUACAAUGAGAAGCCCGUGUCGGUGGUGCAGACUCGUUUCCCACCCGAACCCAACGGAUACCUACACAUCGGCCAUGCCAAAGCCAUCACCGUCAACUUUGGUUUUGCCAAGUCAUACGGCGGCAAGUGCAACCUCCGCUUUGAUGACACCAAUCCUUCAAGUGAAGAGGAGCAGUUCUUCACAAGCAUCGAGGAUAUGGUCCGCUGGUUGGGCUUCACUCCCGCCCGCAUCACUUACUCCUCCGACGACUUUGAUCAGCUGUAUGAGUUGGCGGAGAAGUUGAUCACACGCGACAAGGCGUACGUCUGUCACUGUUCCAAAGAUGCCGUGCAAAAAGGACGGGGAGGGAAGAAGGGCGAGCUAACCCGARGCGUGUGUGCGGAUUGGAGCAAGAGUGUCGAGGAGAACAUGCAGGAGUUCCGCGACAUGAGAGAUGGCAAGUACGAACCGGGCACUGCUCAUCUCCGCAUGAAGCAGUAUCUCGGCGUGAACCCAGCAGAAUACACCAUCGACAAGGAGAACGACUCGCCCGAGACCAAGAAGGAGAAGAUCAAGCUCAAGUCUCUGGCUGACAAUCCCGCCUUUUGGGACAUCGCCGCCUAUCGUGUCAAGCAAUGGAAGAAGGAUGAGAAUCAUCCCGAUCAGCUCCCACCUAAUCAUCAUCACCGAACCGGCGACAAGUGGAAGAUCUAUCCCACGUAUGAAUUCACCCAUUGUCUGGUCGACGCCUUCGAGGGCAUCACCCACAGUUUGUGUACGGUGGAGUUUGAGACGCUGCGACCUGCCUACAAUUGGCUGCUCGAAGCUCUCGACUACAAGGUCCCAGAGAGUGAAGAAAAGGGUCCCAUGCAGAGAGAGUAUGGCAGACUGAACGUCGAGGGCACCAUCCUUUCCAAGCGUCGCAUCGCCAUGCUCGUCAAUGGGUGGUCCUCCAAGAAAGCAGAUGCUGUCGACGACGCCGCAGAUGGGAUCGAUAACCUCGAUCUGGAGGAUGCCGACGAAGGCACGGCUGCACCUUCCACCACCACCACAUCAACUACCUCAAGAACCAACCCUCCCGUCGUGCGGAACUGGGAUGAUCCUCGUCUCUUCACCCUCGUUGCUCUCCGUCGUCGUGGCGUUCCUCCUGGCGCGCUCAAGAAGUUUGUUCUCGAUCUCGGUGUCACAAAGGCAAAUGCCAACACAAUGACACACAACCUCGACGCCAGCAUCCGAACGUACCUCGAACGUACUGUACCUCGUCUGAUGCUUGUCCUCGAUCCUAUCAAAGUCAUCUUGCAGAACUUGCCCGAUGAUUAUCUCGAAGAGCGGGAGGUGCCAUUCGAUCCCAAAGAUCCCGCAAAAGGAAGCCACAAAGUCCCUUUUACGAAAGUCAUCUACAUCGAACGCGACGACUUCCGCGAAGAGGAUGAUCCAGAUUUCUUCCGCCUGGCUCCAGGAAAGAGCGUCGGACUCCUGAACGCCGAGCACCCCAUUCGCUGCACUUCCUUCGAGAAAGAUCCAACUACAGGAAAAGUGUCCACCAUCGUCGCAGACUACGGCGCCGACGUCCCAGCCGGCAAGGCCCGAAUCCACUGGGUGGGUGAAUCCGCCAAGCAUUCAUCUCCCGUAAAGGCAGAAUGCCGUCUGUUCAACCCACUCUUCAAAUCCACCAAGCCGAAUGAAUUGGAUUGGAAGGAUGGCGGAUAUUAUGAUGACGUCAACCCCGAGAGUGAAGUUGUGUACAAGGAUGCAAUGGUCGAGUGUGGCUUCUUGGAGGUGCAGAAUAGGGCUCCGUGGCCGAGUGUUGAGGGCGAGGCGAAUGGAGAGAAGGUGGAGAAGAGCUCGGUGAGAUUUCAGGGGUUGAGGACUGCCUACUUUGCGGAGGACAAGGAGAGCACCGCCGAAAAGGUGGUUCUCAAUCGCAUCGUCACCCUGAAGGAGGACGGAGGCAAGAAGGCUUGA